GCGGCGGCGGCCCCGCGGCGGCGGGCGGGAUGGAGGCGGCCGGGGCUGAGGGCGACGCGGCGGCGGCGCUGCGGGAGCGGCUGGCGGCGGGCGGGCAGGACCAUGUGCUGCGCUUCUGGCCCGAGCUGGACGGCGCGGCCCGCCGGGCGCUGGCGGACGAGCUGUGCCGCAUGGACGUGGCCGAGAUCAACCGCUUCUUCCGCCGCGCCCGCGGGGACGGCGGCGGGGCGGCGGCGGCGGCGGGGCUGGACGCGCGCAUGGAGCCGGUGCCGCGGGACGUGCUGGGCAGCGCCUCCCGCGACCGCGGGCUGGUGCCGCGCUGGGAGAGCCGCGGGCUGGCGGAGAUCGCGGGCAGCCGCGUGGCCGCGCUGCUGCUGGCCGGCGGGCAGGGCACCCGCCUCGGCGUCCCCUACCCCAAGGGCAUGUGCGACGUGGGGCUGCCCUCCCGCAAGACCCUGUUCCACCUCCAGGCCCAGCGCCUGCGGCGGCUGCAGCAGAUGGCGGAGGAGCAGCACGGCACUCCCUGCCACAUCCCCUGGUACAUUAUGACAAGUGGCCGCACUAUGGAGUCCACCAAGGAGUUCUUCCAGAAACAUCGGUAUUUUGGCUUGAAGAAGGAGAAUGUCAUCUUCUUCCAGCAGGGCAUGCUGCCUGCCCUGGGAUUCGAUGGGAAAAUCCUGCUGGAGGAGAAGGGCAAGAUUGCUAUGGCACCAGAUGGCAACGGAGGCCUGUACCGGGCCCUGGGCUCACACGGCAUCAUGGACGACAUGGAGCGGAGAGGGGUGCACAGUGUCCAUGUCUACUGUGUGGACAACAUCCUGGUGAAGGUGGCUGACCCCAGGUUCAUCGGGUUCUGCUUGGAGAAGGGAGCAGACUGUGGGGCCAAGGUGGUGGAGAAGACCAACCCCACGGAGCCGGUGGGCGUGGUGUGCCGGGUGGACGGCGUGUACCAGGUGGUGGAGUACAGCGAGAUCUCCCUGGCCACCGCCCAGCAGCGCGGCCCGGACGGGCGGCUGCUCUUCAACGCGGGCAACAUCGCCAAUCACUACUUCACCACGGCCUUCCUGAAAGAUGUGGUCAACACUUAUGAACCACAGCUGCAGCACCACGUGGCUGAGAAGAAGAUCCCACAUGUGGAUAUCACUACAGGGCAGCUAGUGCAACCUGAGAAGCCCAACGGGAUUAAGAUGGAGAAGUUUGUCUUCGACAUCUUCCAGUUUUCCAAGAAGUUUGUGGUGUAUGAGGUGCUGCGUGAGGAUGAGUUCUCUCCCCUGAAGAACGCAGACAGCCAGAAUGGCAAGGACAACCCCACCACGGCCCGACAUGCCUUGAUGUCCCUGCACCACUGCUGGGUUCUCAAUGCAGGGGGCCACUUCGUGGAUGAAAAUGGCACACGCAUCCCUGCCAUCCCUCGCAUCACAAAUGGAAGGUCAGCUGCCAGCCCAGCAGAUGUCAAAGACAACUUGAAGGAUGCAAACGACCUGCCAAUCCAGUGUGAAAUUUCUCCCCUUGUGUCCUACGGAGGAGAAGUGAGUAGUGGCUCUGCAGAGCUCGGGGGCCCUUGCGGGUGGACCGGGCUGGCAGGGUACACGUGUCAGGGACAAGCCACAAACUCAGAGGCAGGUGAUGUGUGGUGUGUUCCUAACGAGCCACUUCUCAUUCCCCCAGGGCCUGGAGAAGCUGGUGAAGGACCGAGAGUUCCGCACGCCUCUGAUCAUUGAUGAGGAUGGCAUCCACGAGCUGGUGAAGAACGGGAUGUAGUGGCAGCCUGGUGCCCAGGCAGGGCUGCCCAUCCCGCCAGGAACUGGGGCACACGGAGGUUGAUAGCUGGGCCUAGCAGGGACUGACUGCUCCUGCUUGCUCUGGCCCUGUGCAGAGGAGGAUUUGACCCACUCGGUUCUUGGCAUGUUGUAUGCUUCUAUUUAUAUUUUAAUUUAAAAACCAAACACUACAGAUUCCCCUGCCACAAAACACAGCUGUGGUGCUGCCCUUUGCACUCCAGGCUGUGGGCAUUUAUUUUUAAACAUAUGUAUAGUAAUAGUCAUUGUACAUGCAGAGAGGGGGUUUUUAUGAUAUGGGGCUGGGUUUAAUCUAGAAUUUUUAUUUUUCUUAAAUCUACAUGACUAUUUUUUUUUUAAUAGGCUCCUUGCCAUUGCCCAUGUCCUCCCUUUUGGUCAUCCUUUGUAUAUUGCACAACUGGAAGCACCCAAUUAAACUCUGAGUUACUCCUGUU